GCGGAUUUAAAGGGGUUUUACGUCACCAAUUUCCUCUUACACAUGACAGCUGCUGAAACCCACUUUUAUUUUCCAUUACUGUACGCUAUAGGAACAAUCAGAACCGGGUUUUUACUAGUUUUAUUUUCUGGCAACAACAGACACGUUUUCUCCAGAGGGUAGAUUUUUUUGUUUUUAUUAUUAUUGGAAAAGCUAAUAAACCGUGGUAACUGGGUUGAAAUGUUCACAUGCCAACUGGGCAGCGUGUGAAAGGAACACGUCGCCCUGUGUAAAAUAAAAGCAGAUGCCGAACAGGACGUGUACAGGGAUUACUAUUUAGGACGAUGACCACAUUCUGCUUGUAGAGGAAAUGCAGAGGUAGAGCAAAAGAAUGUAAAAAGAGAUGGGAAAGAUGGUGUGGAACUGUUGCCUGGGUGCCUCCACAGCUGUGCUGUAUGGCUCCUUGGCCCUUUUUGUCUCAAUUCUUCACAAUGUCUUCCUGCUUUAUUAUGUGGAAACUUUUGUGUCCGUUUACAAGAUAGACAAACUUUCCUUCUGGGUGGGAGAGACUGUGUUCCUGAUAUGGAACAGCCUGAAUGACCCCCUCUUUGGCUGGCUAAGUGACCGUGCUUUCCUUAGCACUCAGUCUGGAUCUCAGAUCUCUUCACCUGAGGUUGUGUUGAAACGCCUGCAGUCUCUCUCAAGGAAUGGGCCGCUUUUUGCUCUUUCCUUCCUGGCCUUCUGGGUGGCCUGGGCCCACCCUGGUCUGCAGUUCCUCAUUUGCCUGUGCCUUUACGAUGGUUUCCUCACACUGGUGGACCUCAACCACAACGCUCUGCUGGCCGACCUAGCCGUGUCUGCAAACGAACGCACACGCUUGAACUUCCAUAGCUCCCUGUUCAGUGCACUGGGCUCACUUUCUGUCUUCCUGUCCUACUUCUUCUGGGACAAAGAGGAUUUUUGGUCCUUCAGGCUUUUUUGUGUUGCGCUGUCUGCCCUGUCAGUGCUAGGCUUUGCGGUGGUAUCCCGAAUUCUGCGACACAGGUUCCAAACUGAGGUUCAGUCACUCAAGAAAGGAGAAAACGAAUUGCUCAAAGAAUUGUCUGUUGGCCAGGCUCCUCUUGCUCAGACUGAGAAGCCCGUCACUCUAGGGGAGUAUCUGAAGCAACUCUCCCGGCACAAAAAUUUCAUGUGGUUUGUUUCAAUGAAUUUGGUGCAGGUCUUUCACUGCCACUUCAACAGCAACUUUUUUCCUCUGUUUCUGGAGCACCUAUUAUCAGACCGCAUCUCUGCCUCCACUGGCUCUUUUCUGCUGGGAAUCUCUUACAUAGCUCCUCAUGUCAACAACCUUUACUUUUUGACAUUAUGCCAAAAACUGGGUGUCUACCAAGUUGUUCGUGGUCUCUUUCUUUUGAAAUUGGGCCUUAGUAUAGCAAUGCUGCUAGCAGGAGCAGACCAGGUCUACCUGCUUUGCUUAUUUAUUGCCAGUAAUCGAGUGUUUACUGAGGGGACCUGUAAGCUGUUAAAUUUGGUAAUCACAGACCUGGUUGACGAGGACUUUGUGUUGAACCGACGAAAACAAGCAGCCUCUGCACUGCUGUUUGGUAUGGUUGCUUUAGUAACAAAGCCAGGCCAGACCUUUGCUCCUCUCAUUGGCACCUGGCUGCUGUGUGUAUAUACAGGUUAUGACAUCUUUGAGCAGACUCCUCUUAAAGACUCAGCUGUAGCUGUAUCGGGUACAGAGAGCUCUUUACCACUGCGCCAGGGCUGCUUUUACCUACUGGUGUUUGUUCCCAUCUCCUGUGCUCUGCUGCAGCUACUGGCUUGGUCUCGCUUCACCCUCCACAGUCGCAGAUUACGGGGCAUUAAAGCCAUGAGGGAAGGUAUUCAACACCCAAUUGAUGUGAAGGCCAUUUAAAACUACCUGACCCAUUCUUCACUGCCUCAUACAGACUCAAGAUGAAGGCUGGAAUCGUUUAUAAAAGGAUUGUAAGACAAUAAACUCUUAAUGAAAUCAGCCUUAUUUUCUUAUUGUGAUAUCAUCAACAUGUCUAUAUUUGUAAACAUAAUGACCUAAUGACCAAAUAUGUACUGUUAAAAAAAAAUCAUGUGGUGUGGGACCAUAUGGGAGAGGAAAAUUCCUUCCGCUUUAACUGCACAAUACAAGACUAUAGUUUGGCACUGUUGCUCAUGAAGGAAACAAUGGUUUACUUACUAAGCUUUCAUCAUUUUCUAUAAAAAUCAUAAGCUUGAGGUUGGUUUACCUAUUUAUUUAGCAUUUUUAUAGUAUGCUAAUCUUUUAAGUAUUUCUGGGACUGCAUGAGUUUCUACAGGAUUUUAAUUGAUUAAUUUGCACCAGUUUUUUGCCAUAGGAAAUUUUAGUGGUACGCUAAUUCUAGAAAGGAUCAUACUUUUUUUUUUUUUUUUUUUUUUUAAUGAUAAAAUAUUUUUACCAAGCAUUUUACACUAAUUAUCUCCAGGUAUAAUUCCAGUUACACCAGUAAUGGCAUAUCUAGAUAAGAGUAAUUUUAUAUAUAUAUACAUUUUUUUUUUUAAACUGCCAUUUUCAUAUGUGCUUGUUGACUUAUUGAUUUAUACAAAUCAUGCAUUAACUUUCCAAAAAUGAAGAGAGACUUUACAGUACUGUCCUUUGAAAUAUUUUUUUAGUGUUUGAUAUUUAAUGAUAUUUGUAUUGCUUGUUUUGUGAUCAAGGGGACCAUUUGUAACUCAGGAAAUUUUACAUUAUGUAAUAUUUUUUUGUUGUUUAUGGUAGUGCUUCAUACAUUCAUAUUAAUGUUUUGCAGAAAAUAAACAUAUUCGUGUUGCUUGAA